AUCUCACUAGCCGCUUAUUCCGCUACCUCUCAUCGCUUUCGAGUUCUCGGUGUUUCUCCGGUGAGGUUAUCCAAUAUCCGACGAGCCCUUUGUAGUCGUUUGGUUGUUUUAUAGGUUUGGUUGGGACUUGAUAUCUAUCAAGGCGAAAGGGCACAAAUGCGGCUUGAAAUGGGUGUUGUACAAUUCAAAACUCUAGUCCAAGCAUCCGAUCUACUGUAGUGCAGCCGAGAGAUCUAAUGGGUGAAAAACAGUUUUAUGACUUUAUGGGCACGUCCAUGGGCGAUAGAACACAUGUACCACUGCCUCCUCCUCCUCAUGCUCAAGAGCCGAAUGCUCCUUCCGCACCGACAUCUCAUCCUGCUUGUGGUGAUGGUCCUGCACCAGCUCUAGCUGCCAUUUCUAAUUAUGCUGAUCAAAUUCAACCUGCUAUUCAAGAAGAAGACUUUUCAUUUUGGUCCUACUGCCCACAUUGCCGCGUCCACCGUGAGUUUGAUACUAAAUAUUUGAACCGAAAUAUCGUUUGUUGUGAUUGUACAAAUCCGUAUCUGGCAAGAAAGAUUGACGCAUCACUCCUAAAUAAAUUGGCUCCGGCACCUCUACCAUGGUGGAGUAGAAUGCGGAGGGAGGAUCAACCAAAGCCCCAGAAGCAGCGAUCUCGGCCACGGUCACACUCUGCCUCUACCUCUAGAACAAGUAAAUCUCAGGCGAACCCUUCUUCCCAAGCAAGUGAUCAUCCCAACCCUUUGAUGUUUAGAGCCCAUCCUCAGCUCCCAUUGGCCUCCUUCACACAAGAAAAUCCUCACGAGGGAUCAUCAGAUGUUGGGAGAGCCGCAAGCAAUGCUGAGAUGGGAGGAGGUGUUAAAAGAAGGAAAGAAGAUGAUGGUAAGCCUAGUCGACCAUUUAAUAUCGACUUGAAUGCCCCACCUCCCCAUGAAGAUUCGGAUUGAUGGAGUCAAGUAGCCAUGACAUUCCUGUGGAGCUGCAGGAAAACCCCCAAGAGAUGCCGUGUAGGGAUGCUCGUGAUAUCUAUGCAAGGUACAAAUAUUGGAAAUGACUUUAGUUUUACAAAAAUAAUUCUCCUAAAUUAUUGUAUUUUCUUCCUUUGAAUAUGAAAUCUUGAAUUAUUGUUAUUUUCUUGUAUUUCUUUCUAGAUAUAUAUAUAUAACUACAAGAAAUUAUCAAUUUUGUAA